AUGACAAUGGGAGCAUUUAGCUUGCCGUGGGGCCUCACUGGGGCUCUACUAGCAACUACAUAUCUUCAUUCCAUAUGCGCCUCUGCCGGUCCAUCAAUAAAUGUUGGGUUAAAGGCGUCUUUUUCUUCAGCGCCCUACCUCCUCGAAUUGCUGGAAACUGCAGCAGACGAGAACACAACGUCCUAUUACCCACUCCUCGAUCGAAUUGCGGACGGUCACUUCGCGAAGGCGUCUACGGAUAAACAGCUCUACGAACAAUUCAUAGAGGUGUUGAAGGAGGACGGCCACAUUACGGACUUGGAAACACUGGCUUCCUAUAAGUUUGCGUUGUCUAUGCGAACAUCUGCUCCUCGGAUUGAAGCACAUUACCAGUAUUACCAUACUGCGGCCGAACCCUCUUUACAGGUCGACGAGGAGACCUCUUGUCCGACAUGGGUCUUAUUCAAUGGGAAACAGUAUUGUUCUCCAGCUUUAGAUGCGCCUCACGGAGAUAUCAAUGGAGAUUUGCAAACCCAAGAACUCCAAUUUGAUCGCAUGCUGGGAAAUCCUACGGCACCCCCUUCUAUUUUGUACGCCGACAUAACAUCUUCCACAUUUGGGCAAUUCCACAAGACUUUGGUUAAGACGGCUCGAGAGGGUAAAACCUCGUACCGUGUACGCCAUAGGAAAGCUCUUUCAGCAGAAUCGAAGCCUCUCCUUGUCCCAGGAUAUGGUGUAGAACUUGCUUUGAAACGUACAGACUACAUCGUCAUUGACGAUCGGGAGGAUGGCGACAGUAAAUCGAUCGAGCAACUCUCCGAGAAGGAGGUGAAGUUUGAAGACGAGGAACUAGCAGAUUUGAAACCCUUGUCCUCUUCGGAACUCUUUUCACUCGGUCUGAAAGCGUCCAGUUUCAUUAUGCAGAGUGAAAAUCCACUCGAGACCCUUGUAAAACUUUCACAGGAUUUCCCAAAAUACUCGAGUGCUAUAGCUUCACACAAUGCCAGCAAAGAGUUUGUUACAGAACAUGACUACAACCGGGCUCAGUUGGUUCCGGGGGGGUACAAUGUUUGGUGGAUGAACGGGGUUCAAGUCAUUGAGCGAGAGAUCGAAGCGUUAAGCAUCCUUGAACUUCUACGCGCUGAACGGAAGCUCAUCAACGGUGUUCGAGAGCUUGGCUUAACUGGACAAGAAGCAAUUCAACUUUUGUCUCAUCAAGAUAUAGCAACUGUGCAAGCUGAAGGCGAGCUCCAAAGAUUUGACUGGAGGGAUGAUUUCGAAGGUGGAAAUGUCAUCAUUUGGAUGAACGACAUUGAAAAAGACAAGCGGUACGGGGAAUGGCCAACAUCUGUCCAAGCUAUGCUGCAACGAACCUACCCCGGUCAACUUCCAUCGGUCCGAAAGGAUUGUUUUUACCUAGUCCUACCAAUAAAUUUCUCAGACCCUGAAGACAUCCUCAUCGUAGUAGAGACGCUUCAGAGUUUUGUUAAGAGAAAGCUUACUAUUAGAAUUGGCCUUGUACCAAUCAGUAGCACGAUCCAUUCCUUGGAACAAGCUCGAGUCGUAUACCAUUUGCUUGACACCUACAGUCUUUCGACAGUCAUAUCGUAUCUUGAGCGUUCCUACACUGCUGGUAAAGUCACAGCCCCCAGCAAAUCAAUAUUUGAGGCAACCGUGGAAGGGAAAGCCCCUAAAGGAGAAAAGAUUUCCCGAGAGAUUUAUGAGGUCCUCAAGUCUAAUGACUACCAAGACAAAGUUGAAGCCUCACAGAGAUGGGUCCAUAGGCUCUCAGCCGACACUAAAAUUCCACCUAUGUUUGUCGACGGAGUUGCAUUACCACGUGAUGAAAACUGGCUUCAAUCAAUGAGCAAAAGAGUCACGGCCGACUUGCAAUCUAUUCAACAGGGCAUCUUCGAUGAGUCACUCUCAGACGAAACAUGGCUUCCAACGUACUUUCUGUUCCAAGCAGCGAAGAAGAGAAAUUCACUCGUCAUUCCCGAAGAUGAAAAAAGCCUGAGAGUGUUUAAUGUCAACAAAAUCGUGAGCGAAAAUCAAGACCUUUUUAGCACACUACCUCACGUCAAAGCCGAUCCCGCAUCUGAGAAGGCCGAUUGGGCUCACAUGAUGUUGUUCACGGACUUGGAAGCUGAAGAAGGCGCGAAAUUUCUUGCUACAGCAGCGGUCUUCCGGGAGGCAAACCCAGGUGUGGAACUACUUAUAGUGCACAACUCGGCUUCGGAAUCUGUCGACUCCAGUCUGAGCGCGGAUCUGUUUGCUCGUACUCAACAUGGCGUAGAGAAGGGAUCCCUAAGUGUCAACGACUUGACUAAGCUCCUCUCUGAAGAAUCACCUCAGGGAACGAACAAAGACGAUGUAAUUCGUUAUUGGCAGGGCGCGGAGUUGUUGACCAAGUCUAUUGCACUGACGUCUGGCCAAACUGCUAUUCUUCUCAACGGCCGGCUUGUCGGACCAAUUCCAAGUCCAGCUGAAUUUGACCUGGAAGAUUUUGAGCAGCUGUUAUCUUACGAGCGUAACAAUCGUAUUGUACCAGCAUAUACUGCUCUGGAAGCACUAGGCCUAUCCGACAAAAUUGCCGACCCGCUUGCUGCCGCGAAAGUGUCGUCUAUUGUAGCAAUCUCGACAAUUGAUGACAAACCUGCCGGUAUGUUUGAACAGGCAUCAACUCUCAGAAUGAACAAGUUCGAUGUCUGGAGCUCCUCACAUACAGCUAUUGAGGUUGGCGAUGCCACUACUGCUAGCAUCCAAAUGACUGUGCUUGUGGAUCCGGCUAGUGAGCAUGGCCAGAAGUGGGUGCCGCUACUGAAGGCCAUUUCUGAGCUCGAUGGCGUCUAUCUGAAGCUCUUCCUCAACCCUAAAGAAAGGCUUCAAGAGCUUCCUGUAAAGCGAUUCUAUAGAUACGUCAUCGACUCAAGGCCAACUUUCGACGAUGCUGGAGCACUCAAAGAUCUCAGUGCUACUUUCACGGGCGUUCCUCAAGAGGCAUUGUUGAAUUUGGGUAUGGAUGUCCCUCCUGCAUGGCUUGUGGCGCCAAAGGUCUCAGUUCAUGAUUUGGACAAUAUCAAGCUCAGUUCUAUCAAGACCAAUGUCGACGCACUCUACGAGCUAGAGCAUAUUCUUAUUGAGGGUCACUCGCGUGAAAUUCCAGGUGGCGCACCUCCACGUGGCGCACAGCUUGUUUUAGGCACUGAAAGAGAUCCACAUUUCGCUGAUACGAUUAUUAUGGCAAACCUGGGGUACUUCCAGUUUAAGGCCAACCCAGGUUUCUAUAAGAUUGACCUCCAGCAGGGCAGAUCAUCGGAGAUCUUCAAGAUAGACAGUGUUGGGGCUCAAGGAUGGAGUCCAGUCCCUGGCGAUAACACGACGGAAGUUGUAUUGAUGAGCUUCCAAGGAACCACUUUAUACCCACGUCUCUCACGCAAGCCGGGCAUGAAGACGGAAGAUGUGCUCGAAGCAAAGUCAGAAUCCAAGUCAAACAUCGUGUCCCAAGGCUUUAAAUUCGCCCAGGGUAUUCUUGGCAAAGGCAAGCCGGUAGUGGAGAUGGAAGCACAGGCUGACAUCAACAUUUUUUCCGUUGCAAGUGGUCACCUUUACGAGCGCAUGCUGAACAUCAUGAUGGUCAGCGUCAUGAAGCACACCAAGCACACCGUCAAGUUCUGGUUCAUUGAACAAUUUCUCUCCCCAUCAUUCAAAGAUUUCAUUCCUUACCUAGCCGCCGAACACGGCUUCAAAUACGAAAUGGUAACCUACAAAUGGCCUCACUGGCUACGCUCGCAAACAGAAAAGCAGCGCGAGAUCUGGGGCUACAAAAUCCUUUUCCUCGAUGUCCUGUUCCCGCUCUCCCUCGACAAGGUCAUCUUUGUCGAUGCGGAUCAAAUCGUACGAACAGACAUGAUCGAGCUCGUGAAUCACGAUCUAAAAGGCGCUCCCUACGGCUUCACGCCUAUGUGCGACAGCAGGACCGAAAUGGAAGGCUUCCGCUUCUGGAAACAAGGCUACUGGGAACGCUUCUUAGCAGGCCUACCCUACCACAUCAGUGCCCUUUAUGUCGUCGACCUCCACCGAUUCCGCCAAAUCGCCGCAGGAGACCGUCUACGCCAGCAAUACCACCAACUCUCCGCCGAUCCCAACAGUUUGUCCAACCUCGACCAAGACCUGCCGAAUCACAUGCAAAAUAUCCUGAAAAUUCACAGUCUGCCCCAGGAAUGGCUGUGGUGCGAGACGUGGUGCAGUGACGAGAGUCUGAAGGAUGCGAAGACGAUUGAUUUGUGCAAUAAUCCGCAGACGAAGGAACCAAAGUUGGAUCGCGCCAGGAGACAGGUGCCCGAGUGGACAGUAUAUGACGAUGAGAUCGCAGCGGUUGAUAGACGGCGGAAGGGUCUGAAUGGGAAUGGAGAGAAAAAGAACGAGAAGAGUAGAACGCUAGAAGAAGAGCCGGUUGCAACGAGUAAGAAGGAUGAGUUGUAG